AUGGGCCGUUUCAGGGGUCUUCUUCAUCCUCCAAGAAUCUUCCGUUAUCCAAAACACCACUUUCUCAGUCCUUUCUCCGCGACAAAAAUGGCUGCUCAAUCUUUUACUCUGGCGAACCUAAAGAUCGAUUCUUUCUACAACCAGAAACUAUCUUCUCCAUCACACUUCUUCUCCACAAGAAAUCCAGUAAAAUCCCUGAACCUGACGAAUCCAUGGAUGCGCGGUGAUUCUUCUCUCUCUCUCGAUUCUCCCGCCUCCGUCUCCUCACGCAGAAAGAUCCCAAUCGCCGUCGUUUCCAGCUUACCCACCGCGAAUCCAGAAUCUGCGGUUUCUGAUGCGAAGAAGCCCAAAUGGUCAUGGAGAGGAAUCAAAUCAUUUGCAAUGGGGGAGCUGGAAGCUAGGAAGCUCAAGUAUCCCAACACUGGUACUGAAUCACUUCUCAUGGGUAUCUUGGUUGAAGGGACUAGUUUUACUUCCAAGUUCUUGAGGGCGCAUAAGAUAACGCUUUACAAAGUCCGUGAAGAAACAGUCAAGUUACUAGGUAAAGCUGAUUUGUAUUCCUUCAGCCCUGAACAUCCUCCUUUAACCCAAGACGCACAAAGAGCUCUUGACUCUGCUGUCAGUCAGAAUCUCAAAGCAGGUGGUAUUGGAGAAAUAAUGCCAGCCCAUAUAUUGCUGGGAAUCUGGUAUGAAGUUGAAUCUCCUGGUCACAAGAUACUGGCAACUCUUGGUUUCACUGAUGAAAAAGCUAAAGAGUUAGAGUCCUUUGCCUCUGAAUCUGGAUUUCUUGAUGAAUAGUGUGUCUUGUUACAUUUAUCAUCCUCCAUUUAUGCCAUCUUAAUUUUCAUACUAAACUCUCCAAAUUUAUGGUUGCAGUUUGCAAUAAUGUUACUUAUCUGUUCAUCCUACUGAUUCUUAAUUUUCACUUCCUUGAUUUUGCCUU